AUGGCCAAGGGUAUCCCCUCUUCUCUGAUCGGGCGUUGCUCUGGUAUCUGCUUCAAUUCUUCUCCAGCAACAGCCUCUUCGGUCACCAUACGUCCUCUUGCAGAAAUCAGUCGGAAAUGGUCAUUCUUACCGGCGACAAUCGUGCUCUCAAAUACUCGAUUUAUUCAUUCCCACCGAAAAUGUCAGACUUUUGAUCCAAUCUCAGACAAAGCGUCGUUGCCUGUCACGCCAGCCUUUUUAUUGCGCCAUGCAUUUCAACCUCGAAAAUAUGUUCCCGAGCGAAUAACCCCUCUUACAACGCACGCCUCAACUCGUAAAAUAUCCCACUGGUCAUAUUGGUCAUCGAAGCCAUGGCAACAGCAACGAUUGUACAGUGGCGGUGGCAGUGGUCAGGGUAAUGGAUCAAAAUGCUCCUGCGGCAAGGAUAUCACGGGUGUUUCCACCACACCAGCUAAAACAACAGAAGAUCUGGAAAGGGUCAAGGCUUCGACAUUGAACGAAACAAGCAAAGAUGCUCCCAGUCAGCUGGGGAAACAAGACCCUACGGGGUCGGAUUCUGAGCCAGUCUCUUACAUGUCCUAUCUACACCUGCCGAGAAUGCCGCAUCGGCCAACCAAAGAGGAACUGCUCGAGGCCGCCAACGGCUUUUGGCAGCGACUCAAGGUUCGUUUAAAAUGGGUGUCGAUUAGAAGUAUGAGACCGUGGAAUAUUGACGAAUGGGGUGCUUUUGUUUCAUGGUUUCUUUUCGGCCACCUCGCUUGGAUUAUUGUCGGAACAACCACAUUCUUCUCCCUGAUCAUUUUGUCAAUUAACACCGUUGUUGCCCAAGAAACCCUCGCGCAAUGGGUAGGUGACUAUUUGACACAGUCUGCUGGCGUCACCGUUGUUUUCGAGUCUGCUAUUGUUCCCAAGUGGCGUGAUAAUGUUAUCUCUUUCCGCAACGUUUUUGUGUCCCGACGACCUGGCCAAGGCAACGUCUCAUCCGUGAGCAAGGGCUCAUCAGAUGCUGCCGCCGAGGCUGCUGCCGGCCGCAAAGCAGAUCUCGUGGGAACGUCUGAAACUGAGGACGAUGGAAACUACACUCAAUUUGACGUCACUCUUUCAACGGUCAAUGUCACGUUAUCAUUCCUGAACUGGUGGAAUGGCAAAGGAUUGUUGAAAGAUGUUGAAAUCAAGGGUGUUCGCGGUGUCAUUGACCGAACUUCAGUGACAUGGCCAGCCGAGGAGGUCGAUCCUCUGUCAUAUCGUCACAAGCACCAACCAGGAGAUUUUGAGAUCGAAAAGUUCAAGAUGGAGGACCUAUUACUCACCGUUCAUCAACCUGGCGGGUUCCGGCCAUUCUCUAUCAGCAUCUUCUCUUGCGAGCUGCCCCAGCUUCGCAAGCAGUGGCUAUUUUAUGAUUUCCUUUCAGCCAACCACAUGUCAGGAUCCUACGAUGGGUCGCUGUUUACGAUCCAUCCCCGACAAGUCCACGGCGUGGUACCCAGUGGUAAUGGUGACCCAGAAGCUUCGGUCGGCUUUGGUGAUCCAAAGGCGUGGAAAAAGUUCAGUCGACUCCGAAUUGAUGGUUUGAAAAUAGACCAUCUCAACCGCGGUGUUGAGGGCCCUUUUGGCUGGAUAUACGAAGGGAAUGUUGAUAUUGUUGCUGAUGUUAUGUUUCCCGCUGACACCGACGAGAGCAUCACCAAGGUCAUGGCCGACUUCUACGACCAGCUUGAAGAAAUCGUCGACACAAAUAGGCACCGCUUCAUGCGCAACAUCCAAGAGCAAGGCCCUGCUCUUCUUACAUCAGGACACCUUUCAGACUCAGCUGGAGAUAUCCACGGCGAAAAGCCAGCCGCCGAGCCACAGACAAGUGAGGAUGAGCGUCGCUACCUCAUCAUGGACCUCCGAAUCUCCAUGAACGAUGUCAAAGCUGCAGUCCCUCUCUUCACCAAAGAUAUGUCUUACGUCAAUCAGGCACUGGUCCGUCCUAUCGUUGCUUAUAUCAACGCGAAGAAGACAUAUAUACCAAUCAAUUGCCGUAUCGUGAAACGAGCCAGCGACUUCGAUGGUAGCUGGUCGAUCUUUGACUGUGGUCUAAUGAACGAUAUGUCAGCGGAGACCUACGAUGCAUUUGCGAAUGACGUCGAAAACCAACAGAGCCGUGUUCGGCGGUUCAAAAAGGUUGGGUUCUGGACCUUGUCGCUAGCGGUUCAUGCCCUCUUUAUGGGAAUGGCAGGCAACGUGGUGUGA